ACCUUACUUGUUCAAUGCCCAUAUCAUAUGAACAACCCAAAACAUUCUCAACCUUAUCUCGUACUUUAAUAUAUCUUUGUUUGAACAUGGAAGGAGAUGGUUAUAUAAAUAGAUAUUAUUGUCAUUGACUUGACUAUAUUCUGGUUUUCUUCUUCGAACUUUCUUAGUUUAUUGUCUUCUUCCUUUUCAUUUACUUCUACAAGUUCAAGGUAGUUUCUCUACUUGAUUAAUUUAGCGUGCAACUAUAAUAAAUCCAGCGAGUUGUUCAUUCUGUCACAAUUCUUGUGAAAACAAUGCAUCUAGAGCUUGAUACUUGGACAAUUUUGGUUGUGAUUUUGUGCUUUAUUGGGUUGAUUCUGAAAGAAACUGUAAUGGGGGGUAAGAGUUCAAAAGGGUCUGGUAGGAGGCAUGUUUCAUCAUAUGACUCUGCUGGUUCUUCAUCUUCAUGGGAAAACUAUGGAAUUCCGCAGCAACCAUACGGAUACCCAUCACAAAAUUCACAUCAAUCAACGCCUCUUCACCACCGUGCACCGGCCGCAGCGGCGACCGCUCCGUUUCAGGACUAUGCACAGCCAAAAAGGAGGUUAGAUAGGAGAUAUUCAAGGAUAGCUGAUGAUUACCAUUCACUGGAUGAGGUUACUGCUGCUCUUUCACAUGCUGGCCUGGAAUCUUCUAAUCUCAUUGUGGGCAUUGAUUUCACAAAGAGCAACGAAUGGACAGGGAAGAUGUCCUUCAAUCGAAAAAGUUUACAUCACAUUGGAAGUGGGCCUAAUCCUUAUGAACAAGCAAUCACAAUUAUUGGGAAAACUUUAAGUGUUUUUGACGAGGAUAACUUGAUUCCUUGUUUUGGAUUUGGAGAUGCAUCAACACAUGAUCAAGAUGUCUUCAGCUUCCAUUCAGAUGAGAGUUUUUGCAAUGGAUUUGAGGAAGUUUUGUCAAAAUAUAGAGAGAUUGUUCCUCGUCUUCGACUAGCAGGACCUACCUCAUUUGCCCCUAUGGUUGAGAUGGCCAUGACUAUUGUUGAGCAAAGUGGUGGCCAAUAUCAUGUCUUGCUAAUAAUCGCUGAUGGACAGGUUACUAGAAGCGUUGACACGCAGCGCGGCCAGCUAAGUCCACAGGAACAGAGAACAAUUGAUGCAAUUGUAAAAGCCAGCGAGUAUCCACUGUCGAUAGUUUUGGUGGGAGUUGGAGAUGGACCAUGGGAUAUGAUGAGGGAGUUUGAUGAUAACAUUCCAGCUCGAGCCUUUGACAAUUUUCAGUUUGUGAAUUUUACAGAGAUAAUGUCAAGCAAUGUAGAUUCAAGCAGAAAAGAGGCAGCAUUUGCUCUAGCAGCUUUGAUGGAGAUACCUUCUCAAUAUAAGGCAACCAUAGAUCAUGGCAUAUUGGGUGCGCGGAGGGGACAUUCACCGGACCGUGUUCCUCUACCUCCACCUCGUUAUGAUAGAGCUUCCUCUAGCAGCGCCGCAACAUCUUUCCGUUCAAACAGUUUUCAGCAGAGUGCUCAUACAUAUACUGGUUACAACAAUGAAGUUAGCACAGAACCAUCUUCAGGUGGCUUAUAUGACAACAAGGUUUGCCCUAUUUGUCUUACUAAUGGGAAGGAUAUGGCUUUUGGUUGCGGGCAUCAGACUUGUUGUGAUUGUGGAGAAAGCCUCGAAUCCUGCCCUAUUUGCCGAAGUGCUAUCACCACCAAAAUAAGGCUUUUCUAGUUGCACUUUGCUUCAAACCAGCUUUCAAUGACAUUGCAUGCAUUGCCAGGACAAGCAGAUGAGCAAGGUUGUCCUGGAUCUUUGAUGGAGGGGCUUCUUUCCUUGAUCUUGUACAAAAACUGCAUUUCACAAUUUUGAACCAAAACAAAUAUGCCAGGAUAGGAAGACUUGUUUAUAGAGUGAAUUGGUUUUGUCUCAUUGUAUGUAUGUAGUUUGACCACACUUAGUUGGAUAAGACUUUUGUUGUUGUUGUAGUUGUUUUUGUUGUAUAUAUGAAGUUUGGGCAGCAUCAGCAUGAAGGCUUCAUGUUUUGAAGUACUACUUGUAAAAUAAAUAAUAACAUUGUUGUGAAGUAUACUAUUUGUUAAAGUUUUCUUAUAAUUUCUAUUUUCUA